CGCGAUUGGAAAGAAGGUCACUUUUUCGUCACCUUCGCGUCACCUUUGAUAGCAGGAGCAGUUGUUUCGCGUAGAUACAGAUUAUCACCCCUCUCCUUGUCUUUCUUCACUAGCUCCCAGUAAAUAUCAACUUCCAAGUUGGUCUGAAUCAUCCUACCCAAGCAUUCCUUAUUAUAUAACCUUGCCAUCAUUCGUUUGAAAUAAUUGAAGGCACGAUGGACUGGGCUGAGGGGAUGACAAGCAUGAAAAUUUCGAGCAGCCCUGCCCAAGGAAAGAGCCCCAUAGUGCUUGAAGAAGAGAUCUCCUGUGAUGGGAACACGGAUCCCUCCGAGUCCUCAUCACCCGUAACAAACGCAAAUAACAAAGAGGUGACGUCGGGGGAGCAGGAUGGGCCUGACGGGGAAAACACUGACCACUCCUCAUCACCCCAGUCUUCUGAAAAUAAUAAGGAGGCGGUAUUCGAGCCUCCCAAGGAUGAUGCAAAUGAAGAAGAAGAGAGUUACCUCCUGGCUGAGUAUAACAUGAUGACUAGUAGGCAUCCUUGAUCCAUAUACGCCGUUUAAUAUGCUGACCUAGAACCUCAAAAAUAGCAUCCUUAAAACUGGCCGGGUUGGAGGAGGAGGACUUUACCGACCAUGCAGUUCUGGUUAUGGUCUCAAGGGCCCUACUACCUCUAGCAUUUGAAGAGGCCGAAAAUAGUCCUGAUUGAGCUGUUUAACUGGCUGCGUGUCUUGGGUAAUAACUUGUCCUUAGAACAUUCUCGUCCUAACGGACGAAUCCGUGCCUUAUUUUGGCUCGCAUAAGAGCCUACACCAUCGUCAUCGCUUUCUCGAGCAACGACUGGGAUCCGGUUGGGCCGGUUUAUGACCGAUCCACGACUCGAGAGGUAUCUUAAAACUCUGGAGUUGGAGAGUUGUCUAGCUUUCAAGAACAGCAUGAGGAACAAGAGCCAGAUUCAUUGAAGGCCGAGCUGGAACUCCUUAUAUUUGUUCCCCUAAAGCUUUCCGAGAGGGUGGAGUACUGGACUGUAUUCCAUGAGAGUCGCCAGCCUGCAGGGUGCAAUGGCCUGGGAACAAGAGUGGUGAGAAUUGAAA